AUGUCGAACCUUACAAAACUCGAAUUUGCGGCCCUUGAUAUUACUGGAAAGAACUAUUUAUCUUGGGUGUUAGACGCUGAAAUUCACCUAGAUGCAAAAUACCUUGGUGAUACAAUCAAAGAAGGAAAUAAAGAAACAAGUCAAAACAAAGCUAAGGCUAUGAUAUUUCUUCGCCAUCACCUCCACGAGGGCCUUAAGAUUGAGUACUUGACUAUAAAAGAUCCACAAGUCCUUUGGAGUAAUCUAAAGGAAAGAUAUGACCACCAGAAAACUGUGAUAUUACCUAAAGCUCGUUAUGACUGGUUACAUUUAAGACUACAAACCUUUAAGUCUGUAAGUGAAUAUAACUCAGCUAUGUUCAGAAUUACUUCACAAUUGAAGUUAUGUGGAGAGAAAAUCACUGAUGCAGAAAUGUUAGAGAAAACAUACUCUACCUUUCACGCAAACAACAUUGUCCUGCAGACACAAUAUCGUGAAAAGGGAUUUAAGAAAUAUUCUGAACUUAUAUCAUGUCUCCUUGUGGCUGAGCAAAAUAACGAGCUAUUACUGAAAAAUCAUGAAUCACGUCCAACUGGCUCUACUCCAUUCCCUGAAGCGAAUGUGACAUCCCAUAAUGGGAAAGAAAAAUAUCAUGCCAACAAUAGUGGUCGAGGACGUGGUCAAGGACGUGGACGUGGACGUGGAUAUGGAUAUGGUCGAGGAAAAGGUCAUUGGUCUCGUACAUGUCGUACACCAAAACACCUGGUUGAACUCUAUCAACAAUCAUUAAAGCAAAAGGGAAAGAAAGUAGAAACAAAUCUUGUGUACGAAGAUGGCGAAGGUGACUUUGAUUGUGGCGAUACAACUCACCUGGAAGUUGCUGAUUUCCUCACCACCCCUGAAGGGAAUAAUUAA